ACUUUGCGAGGCACCGUACGACCCGACAAGCGAAGUCAUUCAUGACAGUCACCUGACUAAAACAAAUUCAACUCCAACAUGCUAACGGGAUACACUGGGCAGAGUACAGAUGCAUUUUAACUGUUGUUAAGUGAAGCGUUUACAGUAUUUGUUGCGACUGCAUGGGGAGAUGUAUAUUGUCAUCAAUGAAGACCAUUUGUGGUUAAUCAUACAAGCUAAGUGGAUGAAUGCUCCUCUGUAGCCUCUUCCAGACUGUGACUGUUGAACAAUUCAAGAAUAGAAAAUGCCUCAAUCAGCGGCUAUCAUCGGUGGGAUCCAGCGACUGGUUCUGUACGAGACCAGAGCAAGGUAUUUUUUGGUUGGGAGCAAUCAUGCACAGACCAAACAUCGAGUCCUAAAGAUUGACCGCACAGAACCCAAGGACCUCGUUAUAAUUGACGAUAAGCAUGUGUAUAACCAGCAAGAGGUAAGGGAGUUGCUGGGCCGCCUGGACCUGGGCAACCGGACUAAGAUUAGUCAGAAGGGUUCCUCUGGCCUGUCCAGGACUGUCUCAGCUUUUGGCAUUGUGGGAUUUGUGCGUUUCCUAGAGGGGUACUACAUCGUGUUGAUCACGAAGCGCAGAAAGAUGGCUGAUAUUGGGGGCCACUCCAUCUACAAAAUUGAAGACACCACUAUGAUCUACAUUCCCAAUGACUCAGUCAGAGUUACACACCCCGAUGAAGCAAGGUAUCUCAGGAUCUUUCAGAAUGUGGACCUUUCCAGCAACUUCUACUUCAGUUACAGCUAUGACCUGAGCCACUCACUGCAGUACAACCUGACUUUGCUGCAGAGACCUUAUGAACAAUGGUCUUCAGCAGCUUCCUCUACUGAGGAAGAGGUACACACACAGAGCAAGCAGGACAGCUUUGACAUCUUUGAAGAUGAGGGUUUGCCUACAAAAGUGGUUUAUGGCCUUUACAACGAGCCUUACUACAAAUAUGUGUGGAACGGGAAGCUCCUGGAGCGAGUCAAGGACAUAGUGCAUCAUGACUGGCUUAUGUAUAUAAUCCAUGGAUUUUGUGGCCAGUCCAAACUUCUGAUCUACGGCCGACCGGUUCACAUCACCCUGAUUGCCAGGCGCUCCAGCAAAUUUGCUGGCACCCGUUUCCUCAAAAGGGGAGCCAACUGUGAGGGGGAUGUGGCUAAUGAGGUAGAGACUGAACAGGUCGUCCAUGAUGCCUCAGUUAUGUCUUUCACAGCAGGGAGUUACUCCUCAUAUGUCCAGGUGCGAGGCUCCGUCCCACUCUACUGGUCCCAGGACAUUUCCACCAUGAUGCCAAAACCUCCAAUUCGAUUGGACCAAGCUGACCCAUACGCCUAUGUAGCUGGCCUCCAUUUUGACCAGAUGCUACAGCGGUUUGGCUCACCCAUCAUCAUCCUCAACUUGGUCAAGAAGCGUGAAAAAAGGAAACACGAGAAGAUUCUGAGUGAGGAGCUGUUCCGUGCUGUGGUCAACUUGAAUCAGUUCCUCCCUCCCUCCCAUUGCAUAGACUAUAUCGCUUGGGACAUGGCCCGAUACACCAAGAGCAAGUUGUGCAAUGUUCUCGACCGUCUGAGUAUGAUAGCAGAGAACGUGGUCAAGCGAACGGGUUUCUUCAUUAAUCGCUCUGACUUCUACUGUCACACUCUCAGACCAGAUGAAAGGUGGGGAGAUGUAGGUGGACAAAUAACAUCCACUGGGCGACUGCAGACUGGUGUGUUGCGGACCAACUGUGUGGAUUGUCUUGACCGGACCAAUACUGCCCAGUUCAUGGUGGGCAAGUGCGCUCUGGCUUAUCAGCUUUACGCGCUGGGAAUGAUUGACAAGCCCAAGCUCCAGUUUGAUACUGACUGCGUGAGGUUGUUUGAGGAGUUGUAUGAAGACCAUGGAGACACUCUGUCACUGCAGUACGGGGGCUCUCAGCUCGUGCACAGGGUCAAGACUUACCGCAAGAUUGCACCCUGGACACAGCACUCCAAAGAUAUCAUGCAAACGCUGUCACGGUACUACAGCAAUGCUUUCUCAGAUGCUGACAGACAAGAUGCAAUCAACUUGUUCCUCCAAGUUUACCAGCCAUCAGAGUUUAAGCCACACCUUUGGGAGCUUCCCACAGACUUCUAUCUGCAUCAUACAAGCACCAUGGCCAUCCCCCAAGACAGACGGAGCUAUACACUCUGGUGGUCAGAGGGAGUCCUGUCCUACCUUCCUGUCCCCUAUGAUGAAGUUCCCUGUGAGGAAAAUAUGAAUAAGGUCAAAGUGAAGAGAAUGAACCAGUUGGACGAGAGUAUUGACAUUUACACGGAAUUCUUCAAACCGUAUGAACUUACCUCCUUUGAUGACACGUUCUGCAUUGCCAUGACCAACUCUGCAAGGGAAUUUAUGCCCAAAACAGUGGGAGCGGAUCCAAACCCAUUCACAGUGCGCAAGCCAGAGGAAACAGGAAAAUCAGUGCUGGGCAGCAAGAGCAGUAAAGAGGAGACGAUUCUCCAGAGGAAGACUGCAGCUAGCGCACCUCCUCCCCCGAGUGAGGAGGCCAUAUCUAGCACAUCAGAGGAUGACUCCGAGGAGGACCGUGAGGAUGAGGGGACUGUAUCUCAACGAUCCACACCGAUCAAACUGCUAACGGAGUCUGGAGAGAGUAGUCGCACCCAGGAGGAGGUUUAUCAGCAGCACAUGGCAAAGGAGCCUUAUGGACUCAAUCUGGCUGAGUUUCCCUCUGAAGAUGACCUACUCAUUUACCAAAGGUUUGCUCACUUGGGUGAGAGCCAGCACAGAGUGGAGAGAACUGAACACAUAAACCCGGCAAACAUCAUCUGUCUAGAGCCAGUGUCCUGCUUCCCAGAGGACAGCAUCUAUGCAGUUUUACCUCCACAGGUGGGCAAAAACAGCCAGGAGGUAUUUGAGGGCCAUGUGAUGACCGGUCAGGGCCAGGUGAGGGCGUUGUGCAGAGAGGACAUGUUGAUGUACAGGGAAUACAUCAAAAACAGAUAUAUGUGAGACACGGAUAAUACAGACUGGAUCUCUGUUACCAGUGUGAAUGGGAAGCACGAUCAGCUGCUGAAGAUGUUUCGUCGUCAUUAAUCAUGUUUGCUACUACAAACAAAUGCAAAAUAAAAUGUUCUUCUAUUUGAAAUUGAUGUGUGGGGUUUUCUAUGGUAAAGGCUGUAAAAAAACAAAGAUAACAGUGCAUGAGAACUCCGCUUGGCCUGUACUUGAACUGAAGAAAGGGUUUUUUUUUUUUAUAGAAGUCUUUUUAUUUUUUGCGAUCCACAAGCGUCAUUCAAAAUUGAAAUACUUUGAAUGUUAGAUUUAUCAUUCAAAACUGUGCACACAUUAAACUGCAUCACAGACUGGAGUUCAGGGGUUUGAAAGAGUCGGGCAGUCGUUAUAGUCUGUGAGGUCAGGACACGUUCAUGUCCUUGUCUUUCCUUUGAGGGUUUUUUUUUUAUUUUUUUUUAUUUCUUCAGCAACCUGGAAAUUUCUCCUCCUCAGAUGUGCUGCAUUCCUUUUGUUAAACAGUUUAAGCUUUACCAUUUUUAAAGUGGCUUUUGAGAUUUUUUUUUGCAUUAUUUAAAAAUAGGGGGGUUUUGUCCUGUAUUGAAGAGUGCACUGGUUAAUUUAAAUAAACUGUGUCUUCUUGUGUUGUUAACGAUCUGUACAGAAAAACGUAGCAGUGAUAGCUUGAUAUUUGUUUUUUCAAACCUUGCCACCAGUUUACAAAGUCACACACUAAUUUAUGUUGCAUAAAUGCUCAGAUCGGAUAAUCAUUGUGUACAUUAGUUCUACAAUAAAAUUGUAUUUGGUAACAAAGUAACAGUGUGACAGAAUGUUAUUUGAGUUUUGGGUUGUUUUUUUUUUUUUUUUUUUUUUUACUUUUCCACUUUUUCUAUUGGCUGCCAGAGCUUUUAUUGCAAUCUUACUUCACUCUUUGUACAGGUAGAAACGAAAGUACCACAAGUUGUUUUGAACAGUAGUUUUUUGAGAAGGUCUUUUAAAGUCCUCUUUUUGACCUUGGUUACAUAUUCACUCAUUUUCAGGUCAGUCUAUGCACCCGGCUGCUUUCAUCAUUCAAGCCAUCAUCAUUCAAAUCAAAUAAUUCAAAUACCAAAGAUAACAGUUUGGGUUUCAAUUCCCAAAGAACUAUUAUAUGAAGACUUUGCAUAUAGGUAUGCCAAAUUACACAAGAACUGGACUGUAACAACAGGUCUUAUGGAGUGAUGAAAAAUUUCAAAGAGAUCCAGAUUUUAAACUUUUGGUUCAAACCAUGGGUCGUGUGUCAGGAGAGGUAUAACAUGAGUGCCAUCUGUAAAACAUAGUGGGGGCUCUGUAACAGUUUGGGGUUGCAUUUCAGUCAGUGGUGUUGGAGCAUAUGAUAAAGAAAUGAUGGGUGGCUCAACACUUUUGCACAGUACUGUAACGCUUGCUGCUUUCACGUGGCCUUUUAUAAGUGUUCCCACUCUCCUGUAGUGACUUCUUCUUGGUUCUUUUUCCCCCAUCUUGCACCGCCUUUGCCCUUUUUUCUGUCUCACGCUUGUUUUCACUCUCUGCUCACUCUUUUAGCGCUCGGCCUUUGACUGCGGGUGUCAAAAAAAAUGGCAAACGUGAUGAAGGACGGCUUCCCAGCAAUGCACAUACACAUUCAGUAAAUGUACUGACUGGCCACUGGUCUCAGCAUCACUGCCUCGUGAGUGUGUGAAUAGGGGAGGAGGUGCCGGCUGUCUCAGCAUGUGAUGUGACAAAGAAAGCAGAGGAAAUAAAGGCGAAAAAUGUUUUCUUCUAUAUUUUAAGAAAUAAACGACGAGGAGGAGAACGAGAGGAAGGAUGUAUCUUCAGUAUCUGCACACCUUGCACGGGUACACUGGAAAUUGUUAAAUAUGUGCUAUAAAUAUCCAUGAUACAGUCCGAUAAUGACACAUCCCACCUUGCAGGAGACUCUUGGAGUCUUUUCACAUUGUUGCCUUCACAAGACCACAAGAGGGACAUGAGGGAGGCUUUGUCCUUACCUUCAAUGCUACAGUGUCACUGGGUUUUGCUAAGAAUAACAGCUGUGG